AUGCCGCGCAGCGCAGUUGCGCCCGCCAGUUCGCCACGCCGCAGCGCGGCGCCCACCGCCAUGCAGCAGCACGCAGCGCAGCCCACCCCCGAGGUGUCACGCCUAAAGGAGGCCGUCGCGUCAGGCCGCUCGCGCACGUGGCAUCACGCAUUCAGCGUCGCCUUUUUCGGCGCGUUGAUGUUCGUCGCCGGCGCUGCGCCCGGCGCACUGCCGGCGCUGUUCCUGGGUUUCGUGUUUGUGGGGCUGCCCUGGCGCUUCGUCUCCUUCAUUUCAAAGCGCUGGCUGUUCUUUUGCAUCGACUUUUGCUAUUUCGUAAACGUGGCGGCCGCGGCCUUCCUGCUGGCGGCGCCGGACGACCCCCGGCUGGAGGCUGCGGUGUACGCCCUGGCGGACGGCCCGCUGGCGGGCGCGCUCGUCGCAUGGCAGUGCGCCUGGGUGUUUGGGGACAGCGAAUACCAGGCCAGUGUCAUGAUGCACCUGCUGCCGGGCCUGGCGAUUUUCGCUCACCGAUACCACACGCCUCUCCAGCUCCGCGGCUGGCGCGGCCUCCUCGGCUGCGGCCGCCGCGUGGCCGCCUCCGCGUCGCUCGCCGCCUGCGUCGACGGCGCAGAGGCGCCGCACGCGGUCGAGCGGCCGGCGGAUCUGGGGCUCUGGCUUGUGGCGGUGCCGUUGAUGUUUUACGCGGCCUGGCAGCUGCUGUAUUUUUUGGUUGUCCAGUCAUACAACCACUUGGCGCGCCGAGCCGCAAAGUCAAACAACUUUUGGAACCGCCUGGUGCGGCGCGGCAGCGUGGCGCGCCGCAUCACUAUCUACGGACUGCUGCAGCUCGCGUUCACAGUGAUCUCAAUCGCCGCGUUCCUGCCCACAUACUUCUCGUACGAGCUGGCCGUGAUCUUUCAGAUCGUCAAGAUCUGGUUCCCGAUUUUUUACGGCAGCCGCCACCAGUGCGAGAAGCUACCCCAAGUGGCCCUGAGGCAGGCGCUCGGGUUCACGGCCAGCGGCGGCCUGAGGGUCGGGGGCCGCCACCACCACAGCGGAUCAGCAACGGGCAGUGAGGAGCAACCAGGCCGGGCGGCCGCGACAGGGGCAGCGGGGGAGGCGGAGGCAACGGGGCAGGAGCACUUUGAAGCGAUCCUAGCAAACAUACAGGCGUCGCUUCAGCAGGCGCACGCGGCGGCCGGCGGCGGCGCCGGCUUCGGUGCGGGCAGCAGCGGCGGCGGCGCGCCCUGGCAGCAGGCCGUGGGCGAGCCGCACCACGCCGCCGCGCAGCAGUGGGACGCGGACGCGGCAAACGCCGCGAUGCAGACGCUCCUGGCGGGCAUGCCCUCCGACCCAUUGCCACACCAUGUUGGGACGGGCCACUUCGACGGCAGCGACGGCGGCGCCGGCCCCGCAGGCGCGGGCGCGGGCGCCGCGGGGCGGCGGGCGCGCGGCGGCGGAGCCGGGCUGCUGGCGCUGCUGCGGACGGACGCGCCCGCGGUGCUGCUGUGGUUCGGCCGUGUGAUCGGGGAGGUGGUCGCCUGGACCCAGCAGGCGCGGCUGCUGUCCGCAGUGCUCUUCGCGUACGCAGCCGCAGCGGGCCUGCUGGAGCAGCGACAGCAGCAGCAGCAAGAGCAGCAGCAGCAGCAGUGGCAGCCCUUCCGCCCGGCCUUCUCCUGGCCCGCGCCGCCGCCGGCCAUCGUCCUCUGCUUCUCCCAGCUCGCCGUCGUCGCCGCCGCCACGCUCCUCUUCGGUCGCGCCGCCGCGCGGCGCCUGGCAGAGCGCGACGGCGCCGGCGGCAGCGCGGGCGGCGAGCGCGUGCCGGCGCGGGCGCGGCAGCUGGAUCUGCUGUCGUUCCUGCCGGGGGCGCGGGAGGCGCUUUCUGGCCUGCAGGGGUACCAGGCUCUGGCGGCUGCCGUGUCUGAAGACCUGGCGGUUUACCUGCUGACCUGCGGCCUUCUGUCCCUGGCGGCGGCCAAAACGUGA